UCAGAAAUUUUUAUUACAAAGUUCUAGCCUGAUAGUAGAUCGCUAUUACUAGAUUAAAUCUAUAACUAGAUAGUAAAUUUAGACUAAACUAGAUCUAAAUCUAGUUAGAUCUAGUGACCAUGAUGAUCUAGAGCUAUUAUUGAGUAUUAACAAAUUCACAUAGUCAUGAUUAUUCAUGAUAGUCAUAGUCAUAGUCUGUGUCAUAGACUAGAGCUAAAAGAGAGUACUAGUACUAGUAUAAAUUAGGCUUGACUGUUGGACUUUAUUUUAAUUACCAAUAAUGGCAAAUACAGCAUUUUAAAAUGUUAUGAUAUAAUAUAUAGAUGUAGGUGGUCUAAUGUUUAUUCAAGCAAGUACUAGAGUCUAUGAACAUAAAAUUAAAAUGAGUAGGCCCACAGCCAUUGCCACAGGGGAAGAAAAAACUAAUACUCUAUCAACUGAUGAAAUAUACGGAAGGAUAGCAGGUCAGGCUAUUAUUGCAACCUCAGCAGCUGAAUGGAGCUGUAAAAGGUGUACUUUGAUUAACCAACCAACAGUUUCUUCAUGCUCAGUUUGUAGGGCGCCUCGUCACUCACGUCUACCAACCUUGUCAGAUGUGGAUACAUGUGUGGAAAACAGUUCUGUCAUUGGGACAACAGAUAAGCAAAUAAUUGAUUUAACCCUGUCAGAUGACAACAAAAAUGCAACUUCUGAAUCUGAUAAAAUUGAGCUGCCAUCUAAAAGCUUAAAUACAAAGCCAAAAGGCUCAACAUCGAGUGACGAUUCAGCACAUAUAAUAAAUGUAGAUGAAGAGUGGAAGUGUAAACACUGUACCUUCAAUUGCAAUCCUGACUGGGAGAAAUCAUGCCAAAUUUGCAAAAAGCCAAAGACAUCCCCCCCAAACUCUCAGCGUAGCAGCAUAUCACCGCCCAGCCCCAUUGCCAUCAUAAAUGGCAAUGUCUCCUACACUCACCGUCCUAACGACCAGUCUCCCAUCCAACACCCACCUUCUCAGUCGACAUGGAACUGUUCAAAGUGCACUUUUACGAACACUGCUGAAAAAUCUGUUUGUAGUAUGUGCCUUAAUCCCAGGUCAUUAUCUGACCUCACCGCUUGGACAUGUGACUAUUGUACUGUUAUUAACAACCCAGUUCAUAACAACUGUACAGUUUGCUGUAUGCCGAGGCACCUUGGGAACAAAUCGCAGGUUGCUAAUGUCCCCCCAAGCUCACCUUCUAAUAAUCAUCUGAAGCAAGCUAGUUCUCCUGCUGAUCGUGCCCCAUUUGAGCUGCUUAGACAAGAAAGCUCUCUAGUGGAAGACAUUAGAAUUGUUGAGGAAAAAGAAGCUAGUGAACUCCGUCAGAGAAUAAUCCAACAUUGCAAAUCUACUGGUGACACGUUUGUUGAUGAUUCAUUUCCACCAGCACCUAAAUCACUCUUUCUUGAUCUGAAGAGACAAUAUUUUGUUCAAGAGACCCAAUCUCCAAACACGAAGCUGUCAGUCAGCAAUAUUCAGUGGGUGCGUCCCCAAAAUAUUGUAGUUCCUGAUGGGUUGAGAAUACCUUGGGUAGUUUACAGAACUCCAAUGCCAGAGGAUAUAUCUCAAGGAAUUCUGGGUAACUGUUGGUUUUUCAGUGCAUUGGCUGUUCUAGCUGAACGUUGCCACUUGGUAGAGCACAUUGUCAUCAGUAAAGAGAUGUGUAAGGAAGGUGUGUACCAAGUCAGGCUGUGUAAGGAUGGCCUGUGGAAGACUAUACUUAUUGAUGAUUAUCUUCCCUGCAAUUCCAAGAAUCUUAUUUUUGCUCAGGCAAGGAGAAGACAAUUGUGGGUUCCUUUUAUAGAGAAGGCAAUGGCUAAGUUGUAUGGUAGUUAUGAAGCCCUUGUAGCUGGCAAGUGUAUUGAAGGUCUGGCAACACUCACUGGUGCACCAUGUGAAAGUAUACCUUUACAAGCUGAAGGCACUAGAGGGGAAGACAUUUGUGCUGAUCUGAUCUGGGCCAAACUAUUGAGCUGUAGAGAUUUGAAUUUUUUAAUGGGAGCAUCUUGUGGUGGAGGCAAUAUGAAUGCUAAGGAAGAAGACUUUGCCCAGGUUGGACUGAGAUCAAAACAUUCCUACUCUAUUCUGGACAUUCAGGAUCUGGAAGGCAACAAGCUAGUUAGACUGCGUAACCCCUGGGGACGCUACUCUUGGAAAGGUGCAUGGAGUGAUGACUCUCCCAAAUGGAAAGAUGUUUCAGAGGCUUCAAGGAACAAGCUGCUGUCGUUUGGGGAAGAGCAUGGUGUCUUCUGGAUGGAGUUUUCAGACCUCAUGAGGUAUUUUGACAGUAUUGAUGUAUGUAAAAUACGCCCUGGCUGGGAAGAACGCAGAAUUCAAGGAGCGUUCCCUAUCAAUGGUACCAGCCCUUUAAAACUGAUCAAGUUAAGUAUAUUUCAUACUACAGAAGUAGAGCUAGGCUUGUUUCAAGAAAGUUCCAGAGGCACAAAUGGCAACAAAUUUCUGUUGGAUCUGUGCAUCGAAGUGUUAAAAGAAACCCAGAAUGCCCAGCUGGUGUCAGUGGGAAAGCUGGUUGUUCACAGCUCUCGUCAACUUCGUGGAUUUGUUGGUUGCCAUCACAUGUUUUCUCCUGGAGAGUACAUACUCGUGCCACUAGCAUUUAACCAGUGGAGAAAAGUGCCUGAUCUGUCAAAAGUCAGUCACCCAAGCUAUGUGCUGACAGUGCACAGCUCAAAAAAACUGAUGGUGACAGAGAAUAUUUGUGACAGACCCUAUCUACUCUGUGAUGCACUCAUUCAGUUGGCUGUCACAAAAGGAAGCAGAGAGGAGUUGCGGCCAGGUGUCACAGCUUACUCUCUUAUGAAGGGCUGGGCAGGGUGCAUCUUUGUAGUGGAGAACUGCCUGGAGUCCAAGUCCAUCCACCUGACCACAGACUGCACCAACAGCAUGAAUAUUGUGUCCACUAGGGAGACGUUGACUACAAUGGACAUCAUCCCCCCUUUCCACAGACAAGUCAUAUUAAUAUUGUCACAUUUAGAGAGAACCCUGCCUUACCAUCUUUCAAGAAAACUCAUCCACCGUCCUUUAAGCUCACAUGAACUUCCACAAAGACGGAAUGACCCUGAAUUAUCUCCAGAGAGUGCUAGUCUACAUAAAGCUAGACCUUACGUUUAGCAAAGGUUCAAAAGUUUUUUAAUCAUUUUUACUAUUUAUUGUUGUGUACUUACAAAGUUUGUUGGCUCAAUACUCAAUAUUUUCCAUGAUCGUUAUGUCCAGGGACCUUACUACAGCUGUCAGCAAUGCAAUUGUUUCUUUAAUUUCUGAUGCCAUUCUAAUUCAGUCAUAUCCUCAAAGCUCUUUUGAAAAAAAAAACUAUUUCUGCUAACAAUGCUUACUUUAUUAUACUCUAGCUCGAUUUUUCGCUUUUAAUGUGUCUAAGCUUUUUUUUUUUUAUGUUCUAUCAAAUUAGCAUUGAAGCAGCUUUAACUUUGAUAUCUGGUCUGUUAAAUGUGUUGAUCUUGUCUGCUCACAUUGGCCCAUGUACAUAACAAGGAUUAGCAGCAAUGUCUUGACAGAGCUUUGCCCUAAUAAAACCAUGCUUCAAAAUGUACAGGCUUGGUGGGAUCAUCUUCAAUUUUGUAUCUUUUAAGAGCUUCUUUUCUUUGCAAUUUCUUGCCCUAAACUCAAGGACAACAAUCAUCAUCGUUGAUGUCUUUAAGGACCAGCCCCUUCCAAAAGGAUGGUGUAAAAGUUAGCAUUACUUUUCAUUUCUAUUGUCCCAUCUCCAUCUACACAUUUAACAUGCUUAAUACAAAAAUAUUGAUUAUUAAUUUUUUAUAAUAAAAAAAAUAGUUGCUUCUUCGUAAUUUUGCAUUCUGAAUUUUUUUUUUUUUUUCAAUGGAAUAUUUGGUGAAAAUUUCUUGCAUUUUUUUAAAUUUUAUUAUGAUAAUUUUUUUUUUAACAUAAAAUAUACAUAUAUAUAUAUAUAUUACAUUUUUAGACAUUUAAGAAAAAAACAUUUACAUUUUUGUAGUAAUGCUUUAAUGCCAGCUAUUUUGUAAUGUUGAUUUCAUCUUAAUUUUUAAUUUCUAAUAUAAGAAAAUUAUUAUAUAUAGACACCUUGAUAAAGCAUUUGCAAUCAAUAAAACUUUCCUAGGCUUUGUUUUGUUUUCCAACAUUAAGGGCUUUGACUUUGAAAGUAAAAAUUCUCAAUUGACUAUGAAUUCUAUGUAGCAUUUGAAGUAGAAACUAAUUUGUUUUAGUGAGUUUUAUGAAAUAUAUUUUUUUUUCGUUAACGUUAUUAUCAAUCUAGACAAACAAUGGAUAUUUGAGAGUUCACAUGCUCGCACCACUGGUUUGGAGGUUGCAAACUGCCUUGGCUCUCCCACUUUAAGGCCUGGUUUAUCACUGUUGUAAAGGCCAAUGUUGGUUCUUGUUUAAUCAAUUUUAGUAGUUCCCUCUGUAGGGCUGAGUCAUUAAGCACAUGAGCAAACUGGUCCCUGAGCCUUGCCACCCUGAAACACUCCACUCUUUCCCGUUUCUGUUGUUUUAUGGCCAUGGAGUACUCUUCAAAUAGCCGGUCAGAAAAGUCUUGAAUGAACUCUGACCUCUGCUGACGUGAUCCAAGGAAGACCAUCUCAGCUUCGCGAACUGACAUGGUCUGUGCAAAUGCUAUGAGAAGUGCAUCAAGCAAUGCUUCUGGGUUACCUUUAGUUUGCGAUGUCUGUAAGCCUAACUCCCUUCUGGCAGGGCCGCUGAUGUUGUUUAAGAUGGUCACCACUUUCUCUUUUGAAGAGUAAGGCCUGAGUUCCCAGGAUUCCUUGAUAUCUCGUACAAACUCUUCAAUGGUUGGUUCAUCAGUGGUAACACUACCACUGAACUUUCGAACCCACUUAGAAGGUUCACUUAUGAUAAGGGGCCAGUUUCAGUGCUUGCUAUUGAGCCUGGAGAAUCUGUGUUGGCCACUCCUGUCCUUUCUGACUCUCCUCACCGAAUAAAGGAUCGACUUCCCCCCAAUCCAAUGCAUUGUGUUUCAUCCUAUUUUUUUCUAUUUAGCUGCAAGUUUUUAUAGAACCCUGACACAAAAAUCCUACUUCAAAUAACUAGUUCUAACUACACAGACUAAAAAAACUAGAAUUGGAGAAAAUGUGAGGAAUUCUAAUAUUAAUUAUCUAUGAGUACUGGUAUACUAAAAUAAAUUAAACUACCCUGGAAGGGAAUAGAAGAGAACAACAAAAAUAUAGUGAAAUUUGGAUGGUACUUGUGUCCAACUGCUGACAUGACUGGCAACUGACGUUCCUACAGUCAUGGAGGAGAUCUGAAGGCUCCACUCUUCAAAUCCCACUUCUGACACCAGAUUUCUGUGAUGGGUUUGGCACAAAAUUGAAUAAAUGACCAACACAAUGUGUAGGCUAAUUUCAAACUUUUAUUACAGAUUAAAAAAAACCUGCAGACAUACACAAACACAAUGAAACUUGUACAAAAAGGACUACACAAUGUGGCAUCAAGGAGUAGAUGCGGAACCAAGCUUCAGCAAAGGGUGCCAGCAGAAAGGGACAGUGACCACAUUGAUAUUUUCUUUUAAAUCAGUUGGCCUUUCUGGGGCAGAGGUCAACUUGAUCUUUCUGGACCCGUGCUUAAUUCUCUCCGCUACAUAUAUAUGAUAUAUAUUCUUACAUUGAUGAUUUGCUGUAAUAUAUACCUAAAAUUCAGAAAUUCUAGUUGCAUGUGAGCUUUCUGUUUUAUUGUUAUCUAUUAAAAAUAUAAACUAAACUUGUAGAUCAAGUAAAUAUAUAUAUAUAUAUGAUGCUUUCUUUUUAGUGCUUCUUGAUUAGAGGGAAUAAUAAUGGUUUGAAUCUGUUCUGGCAGUUUGUCAGUGGCAACCAGUUUAGACAUCUGACAAUCCAGUUUUCUGGUUUUAUCAUUAGAGACUUUUGAAGAUGAUUACUGAUUUUAAAAAAAAACCUGUGUUUUUGAUAUUUGUUGUAAAAAAGUAUAACAUUAUUGAUUUAAAAAAAAACCUGUUUUUGAUAUUUGUUAUAAAAACAUAUAACAAAUAUUAUUCAUUUGUUCACUAAUAACUUUGAUGACAGCUGUUUCUGCAUGGGCAGCUGUGAUCUUAUGAUGGCUAAAGAUUCAUAAUAAUAUUGAAGCCAGGUCCUAUCAUCUUUUAUUAUGUCACCCAUAAUGUUAAAACUACCUUCAACAAUUUGGGCAGUAAAUUUACACAUUGCUGCUUGUCACUGCCUCUCUGUGAAGCUCUAAUUCAUAAUAAUUUCUUGAUGCUUUUUUUCCCUGACUUUCCAUAAAGAAUAGUCUUCACAUUGGCAGUUUAAAAACGUGUACCAGUUUUAUUAAUCCUGUAAAAUAAUAUGACAGCUGCACACUAGAUCUAGUCACUAGAAUGAGAAUGGUCUAGCAAUGAGCUGAAGCAUUUCUGUGCAUUUUUUUUUCUCAUUUUUAUUUCUUUUGUAGGUCAGUGCUAAUCUUCCUCGACCUUCAAAAAAAAAAUUGCUUGACAAUUUACUGGCUAGUUUUUUGGGGGGGAGAUUUUGCUUUUGUCAGCAAUCUUGACCAUCCAUGUAUAUACAGUGCUAAGCUUUUAGUGUUUAAAAAUUUGUCUAUUUGCUUAAGGCAUUUCUUCUUGUGUCAAAUGCCUCUCCUUAUGACUAACACAUUUAUAAGUAAUUUAAUUGUAUUCACUGUGCCUUCUUUUUAUUCUCUCAUAACAUUGCAGUUAUCAAUCAUGCAGAACGUGGCUCCAAUCAAUACUCAUCCACCCAUCCAUCCCAGUGACAUUACAGCCCAUAAAGGGCCCUGGCCUUCUAGCUCAUCUCUCCCAUUCUGAUCUAUCCUGGGCUUAGGCUGUUGUAGAUCUGCCUCUGAAUCAUCAAGCCACCAUACUUGUGGUCUGCCUUUGGGGCAUCUGCUUUUUGUUUUUUCCAGUGAACAAUCUUUGCUCGUCUAUUCUCUGACAUUCUUCCAAGGUGACCUGUUUAAUGUUAUCUGUUCCUUUUUAUUUCCAUUACUAUGGCGGGGUCAUGAUAUAGCUGGUAUAUUUCUUGGUUGGUGUGACUCCUCCAUCCUGUUUCCUCAUGUAUGGCACCAUACAUUUUUUUUCCCUUUCUUAAGUAUUUAGCAGAUAAAUCAGUACUCAUGGGUUGUAGAAUGUUUUCAACAGCAAUUGCAUAAUGUUGAUUAACAUCUCAUGCACUGUAUAUUGAAUAGAUUGUUCAACAUGAAAUUCACUCAUUUUUUACCUAUAUUACUAGUAACAAACAAAAAACUAUCCUAAUUUGCCAUCUCCUUGCACAAGGUCAUCAUGUGAAAAUCUGUCUGAAACUUGUGACAUCCAUGCCCUCUUCCAUUUAUUGCUGUUUGGUAUUUAUUCAAACCAAUGUGAAUGCUGGGAAUAUCGUCACCAAUUUUUAUGGACAUGAUAUCACUGAAGUAAUUCAAUACAACCAGUGGUCAUACUGACUCAUGCUAAACUUGACUUUUAGGGAAAUACAGGCAAAAACUUUCUCAUUUCAAGCUCAUUUCUCCAACAGCACAGGCAUAGUAGUGAUGAACAUUUCAUUCACAGUUUGUUGAGUUGAUUCAUUAUAAUGACAUUAAAGAAUUUGUUACCUGCAUUAUCAUUGAAGAAACAAAAUCCCUUAUUUUCCAGUAACUUCUCCUUGCACCAGGUCAUCUGUGUUUUGACAUUUCUGACAUCCAUUCUCUCUAGCAUUUAUUUCUUCUUGGCAUUCCAUAUGAACCAAAGUCAAGGCUGGAAAUAGCUUUGCCAAUUUGUUUGUACAUGAUUUUACUUCAUUCACACAGUUGUAGUAUCUAGAUCUUUGAAUUGCUCAAAGCUAAGACCUAAAGAUGACUGACACAUUAUUGCCACAUUGACAUCAGUGUCUAUAGGUACUACAUAACAAAUAGAGGUAUAUUAUAUUAAAUGCUAAACAUUUCAUGCGCUUUUUUUUCAAACACCCCCCUGUCCAGGCUCCCUUUAAAGAAAGGAAAAAAAAAAGUAUAAAAAAAGAGCUUUAAACUAGAUGUAGUUUUUGUUAUUGAAAUGUUAAUAUUAAUUCUUUAUGAUAGUUAUUGUAAUAAAAAUGUAUUUUAUUUUGUGCUGUUCUGUUUGAGAACCUUUGCCAUGACAAUAUUAUAUCCCUUUGUGAACAAGGGCUUCAGUGGCCCAAAUCUCUUUUAAAAUCCCUGGAUAUAAAUAAUCCGUGUGAUUGUGUGUAAUGUAUGCAUGAUUGCGAACAAGUGUUUUCCCCGACCUGUCAAACAUUUGGGCAAGUCUGGGACAGGCAUAAAGAACAUGAUGUCCAUAUUUUUUUACAUUUUUUUUCUCUUCUAUUUUUCAUGGAUUUAUAUAUACAUGCAGCUUCUUUUAUUUAUUUUUUAUCCAAUGAAAUAAUUUAUUGUGAUGAAUUGUGUUUUGUACUUUGAUCUUAAAAAAAAAGUUUGUCUAUUUUAAUAUUUAUAUUUUGUGCGUGUUAAACUCAUUGAAUCACAGAAGCAGCUUCCGUCAGUUUUCUUCUUUAAGUUAUACCUUCAAUAUAAUGUUAUAUUUCUAACAUAUCAUUAUUGUCAAAUGGUUUUUGGCAGGAUUCCAAUAUGUACAAUAUAUUGUUAAUAUUUUUAAGAAAAGAUGCAAUAUAUUUCUGUUAUACGUACAUGCAUUUGUUUUUUCAAUUACACCAUCUGUUAUGUAUGUAUUAUAUGUCUGGUUGCCUUUUUUUCUAACUGUAAUGUUUUGAUUUGGAUAUUAAAAAUAUUUUAUUUGAUA